AAGAGUUUUUUUUAUGCCUGGUCUUUCCUCUCUGUUUCUAGCCUCCUUCCUCCAUCUUUCCAUUAAAACCCUCAGGAAAGAGGACUCUUGGAGAAAAAGGUCUCUCUUAUCUUAUGUGACCACAUAGCCGUGAAGUGAAGCAAAGAUAAUCCAAAGUCAAAAUUGAUCUGUGUCUUGAUGGGUAACUUAUGUACCGGUGGAUCUUCUAGUGUUCGACAUGAACAGAGUCCUGCGUCCACCAAGCCCCUCCCAGCGGCGAGACAUGUGCAAAGUCCCGUAAACAAAGAGCUUCCGCCGCCGUUGGUGGCAAAGUCGCCGGCUAGAGGUUUGAAACCAAAGUUUCGGGCGGCGGAAACAGGACGGCAACCAAGAUCCAUCGAUGACCCACCUCGUGAAAACCCGCAGGUGAUGCCAAGAUCCAUCGAUGACCCACCUCGUGAAAGACCGCAGGAGACGCCGAGACCCGUGGACACUCCACCGUCAAAGACGGUGGAGAAGUUGGGCAUGCGGAAGAAGGCAGUGCCGCCGAGCGGGAAGAUAGUGACGCCGAACCUGAAGAUGUUUUUACUGGAGAAUCUCAGGACGGCGACAAAGAAUUUCCGACCGGAGUCUAUAAUCGGAGAAGGCGGUUUCGGACAGGUUUUUAAGGGAUGGCUUGAUGAGAAGACGUUAGCUCCGUCCAAGCCCGGUGUCGGAAUACCGGUGGCCGUUAAGAAAUCAAAUCCUGAUAGUGCUCAAGGGUUACAUGAAUGGCAGUGUGAAGUGAAAUUUUUAGGGAAGUUUCAUCAUCCAAAUCUUGUCAAGCUCUUGGGCUAUUGCUGGGAAGAGAAUCAGUUCCUCUUGGUGUACGAGUAUUUGCCCAAAGGAAGCCUUGAAAAUCACCUCUUCUCAAAAGGAGAGGCGUUGACAUGGGAUACGCGUUUGAAGAUAGCCAUUGAAGCAGCUGAAGGACUUAACUUUUUGCACAACUCCGAGAAGAGUGUUAUCUACAGAGACUUCAAGGCUUCCAACAUUCUUCUUGAUUCCAACUUCCACGCCAAGCUUUCUGACUUCGGUCUAGCCAAACUUGGUCCGAUUAAUGGAGUUUCUCACGUGACCACACGUGUCAUGGGUACACAAGGCUAUGCAGCUCCCGAGUACAUGGCUACAGGUCAUUUAUACGUACGGAGUGAUGUUUACGGAUUUGGAGUUGUCCUCUUAGAGAUAUUAACCGGUCUAAGAGCACUCGACCCGAACCGGCCACCUAUGCAGCUGAAUCUAGUGGAAUGGGCUAAACCGAGUUUGACCCAGAAAAAGAAGAUCCAGAAAAUGAUGGACCCACGGCUCGAGCACAAGUAUCCAAUUUCGGCGGUGAUCAGAACGGCCGCACUGAUUCUACGGUGUCUGGAGGAAGACCCGAAGAACCGACCGCCCAUGGACGAAGUACUCAGAGAGUUAGAAAUCGUGAGGUCUAUGAGAGAUGAACCAAAAGAAGAGAAGCGUAAACGAAGCAGUGGUGGUCCAGAUAAUAACCGGAUUAAUCGAAAUGGUUCACCGCACGUCCGUAGAACCGGUCGAACCAGAUAGUAACGUGUCCCUUUGCCUUUGGAUCAGUGAUAUUAUGAUGUACACACUACGAUAGUCUAUACACAAACAUACGUAAAAUCUUUAAUUUUUCUUAUGUGAUAAUCUUUGUAAUUUUGAAAAUAGUUUAAACUAUGAAAAAUGCUUACACAACA